AUGAAAAGAAAAUCUUCCAUGGUACUUGCUGAUACAAAUAAUAAAGUAUCCAGUAAUAAAAAAAAAAGCAAUAAUAAUAAUGCUAGAAUGAAUCAGCGCAACAAUAACGCUAUUGAAGAUAAAGUUGCCAAUAACACUAAUAAUAAUUCCACACAACUCAUAGCUUUGCACGCUCUUACAAUGGAAAACUACUAUCUAUGUGGCAGGCUUGCUUUGUUGAUGAAAAAUUAUAAUUUAGCCAUACAAAAUCUAUCUAUGUUUUUGAGUAGAAAUCCCCAAAGUAAUAUAGUUGAGGCUAUUAUAUUGUUGGGUAAGGCAUAUUUUUUUAACGCUACGAACUUGCAAGAUCCAGCCGCUACUGGCAAUACCGAUUCUAAUGUUAAUAAUGAUAAUAACCCCAAUAACCCUAGUAAUCCCAAUAACCCUAAUAAUAAUAAUUACAGCAACAAUGGUAUUGCCUCCAAUAAUGCCCUUAAUUUAAAUAAAAAUCCAGAAAUCUCUAAAUGUAUUCAAUUGCUUUUGAAUUCCUUACAAUAUGAUGCACAAUAUACUACGCAAGAUUUUAGGAUAUGGACUGAAUUAAGUAUGUAUUAUUAUAUGGCCAAUAAUAAUUAUCAAGAAGCUACAACGUGUAUCAAUAACGCGUUCAAUUUGAAUAUGAGUCUACCUUUUGUUUGGUAUUUGCAAGGAAAAAUAUUGUACCAUCAGGAAAACAAUAAUAGCAUUAAACACAACAGCCUUAACACCAUAUUGAGAUGUUUUGUUAAUUGUCUGGAAUUAAACCCUCCAAAAAUUUUGCAAAUUCACGCUCAUAUUUCCAUUGCGCAACUUCAUUCUAAAUUCAAUGAUUGGGAUAUGGCUUUACAAGAAAUUUUAAUAGGGUUGCAAUUAAUCGAAAACAUCAAUGGUGCUACUAAUCCAACCAAUGAUAAUAAUGCCAAUAAUAUUUCCAAAAAACAUAUGGACCUACAAACUUAUUUAUGGAUUUCUGUGAUUUUAUAUAACUAUAAAUUGAAAAGGAUAGAUGCCGCAUUACAAUAUUUAAACCAUUAUUUAAGUAAUACUGGGCUUAAAAGUGGCACUAUAACUUUAUUAUCCACGCUCUAUUCAAUGAUUACCUUUAAUUUUAAUUCAGACAAUGCACUACAGGCCUUAAAGUUUGAAACUUGUUUACCUACAAAUGAUUCAAGCUACUAUCUGUACUAUGUUUUAGGUAAUUUUUUUACAAAAAUAAAUAGCAAUCCCGCUGUUGGUAAUUUUGAUAACAUUUCCUCACAGGAAAGCUAUUAUUAUUACCAACAGGCCCUAAGGUUAAGACCUAAUGACCCCAAACCAUGGAUGAGCGUUGGUGCUUUAUAUUAUAAAUUAAAUCAAUUAGAAGAUUCUUUGGCCUCAUAUACUACUGCUAUCGGGCUAUCUUUGGAAAUGGUUAACAACAGUAGUACCACAUUGUCCAUUGUAAGAAUGUAUAAAAUGUUUGCUGCCUAUUCUUGGUGUGGGAUAGGUAGGAUAUAUUUUAAAACAGACCAACUUCAGGACAGUUGGAAGGCUUAUAUUCAAUCCAUGGAGUUAUUUAUAGAAACCGAGAACUUUAGACUCGUGGAAAGAAUAUUUUUGUAUUUACAACAACAACAAAAGACUUCGCAACAGAUGGUCAUUCCACAAAAAAUUAUAGACAGUUUAAACCAGUAUAAACUCACAAUGAACAACAGCGGUAGUAAUAAUAACAGCGGUCGCCGACACAGCGUCUUAUCCAACGUGUCUCAGCAUUCUACAUUGGGUGGUGAUGAAGAAAUAUAUGAAGAAGAGGAAAACACUUUAGUUUCCGAUAUUGAUAAUAUUCCCUUAAGGUUACUUUUCGAUUUUUACCUAUUAGACCUAGAUUUGAAAAAUUUACUAAAUGAUUUGAGUAGUAUAGACCAAGAUAUUAACUGUACGUUACCUCUAGACCAUAAUAAUAUUAGUAAUAUCAACAACAACAAUAAUAAUAUUGUUACAGCUAACAACAGUAUUAGCGGUAUUAGUAAUAAUACUAGCCGUAAAAGUAGUAUACCCAGUAUAAGUAACAGAAACAAAAACAACAGUAAUAACAAUAAUAGACAUAGUAUUACAAGUACUGGUAAUAAGUUUAUCCAAAAUACCAAUAACAACAAUGCACUGAUAUCAAAUGCUAAUAACGAACAGUAUAUUAAUAUAAAUAAUAAUAACUUUAAUAACGACUACAAUGUAAAUUAUGGUAACAAAAAUGCACCACAGAUUAUAGAGGGUAGACCACAGACCGUGCAGUUUAUUGCUCCACAACAGCAACAACAAAAGCUACCAGCACCAGCACCAGCACAAGCACCAGCACCAGCACCAGCACCACCGGCACCAGCACCGCCACCACUACCACCACAACAACCACAACCAUCACAACCACCACAACAACAACAACCGAUUUUCAUGCAGAAAGGUUCUGGCUCGCCACUAAAUUCUAGCAAUAAUGGUAGGAGUAGCAUUGUUAAUGAUGAUAUCAAAAGACAAAAUUUUGCUGACGGUCUCAAUACUACAAAUUCACAACUGCCAGGGGCAGUUUACAUGUUCUCACAACAGCAACAGCAACAGCAACAGCAACAGCAACAGCAACAGCAACAGCAACAGCAACAGCAACAGCAACAGCAACAGCAACAGCAGCUACAGAAUAACAUAGAUACUACUAAUCCUAAUAACAAUAACAACAGUAGUAACAACAAUAAUGCACAAAGAAUUGUGUCUAAUCUAUCACCACCCUUACAGGUCAUUAUGAAUACCACACCUGGUUCUGCAAAUAAUCUCAAUCCUAAUAAUAUUAAUAUUAAUAACUAUCAGUUGCCUGUAGUGCAAUUUAGACCUCAGCAACCAGGACCACAACAACCUUUGCAGUCUCAACCACAGCAGUUGGCGCAAAUUCCACAUCCACAUCCAAAUAUGCCUCAGCAACAGUGUUUUCCACCACAAUUCAUGCAUUCUGGUAUGCCAAUCGAACAGCAACAUAUUGCAAUACAGCAACAACAAGUACCACCAUUGCAUUUGCAACAACAACAACAACAACAACAACAACAACAGCACCAACAGCAACAGCACCAACAGCAACAGCACCAACAGCAACAACCUAAUGGAAUGAAUAUGAACAUGAAUAUGCAUUUAAAUAUGAACGGUGCUAACGCUAAUCGUAACAAUAAUAAUAACAACAAUGGCUCCUUCCCAGGGCACAAUAUAGUUAUAGUGCCUUCAUCCCAAUUUAAUCAAUUACCAAGCAGAUGA